UUUGGAACAGGGUUGUAGCGACAAUUAUAACCUACUUGUUGCUAUUAUGCACCAGCCUAACCAUAGGGCUCUGCUUGAGACAAGUUUGAAGGCACUAUCUAGAGCAGUUUCUUCGUUGGACAUUGUUCACCAUGAGUCCCUUCUCACUUCUAUUUUUCAAAUCAACAUCUGGAACUUUGAACCUGGUGAGAUGGAUGCCAUGAUAGCCCUGAUUAUAUCCUUGGCUUCUUCAGAUGGAAAAUAUGUUGAUUCGUGUUUAACCAUGCUUGUCAACAAUUUCACACCCCCAUCCAGUACUUUAUUGUUGCAGCCGUGGGGUAUUGAAAUAAAGAAACAAGUUAUUUCUCGGGUGCAUGAAGCCUUUGAAAAUAUUACUAAGGUGGUACCCCUGGCCCCGUUGAGAUUAUUGCCCAUAGUUUUACAGAGAAUGCCAACAGUCCGUAAUAAGGAUGAUCGUUUGAAGAUGAUUGUAAUAUAUGUGGAAAACAUGCUAAAGUUGGAGAGUGGUGAAUUGGGGGAACUUGUUAGAAAUUCAAUGCUAACAGCACUGGUGGAUAGGCUGAUAGAUUUGGAUGUGGAGAUUGGAUGGGAUGAUGAUUUGCAUGAUGAAUCUGGUAAAGACAUAUUUGAAAUGGACUUGGAAGGUGUGGAACAAGACGGCGAUGAGCUUCCAGAAGGAUCCUUAAGUAAGAAGAGUUCACGUGAAAAGCUAAUUGCUGAAUUAUUAGAUAGCUUGAUGGAGCUAACUUUUGAGCAUCUUGAAUCCUGUAAAGGUGAUGGUCGUUGGAUUAAGGUAUUUGAUAUUCUUCUCCAGUCAUUCCAGAUAACUGUUCUGAAUGCAUACAAGUCGAAAUUUGCUCAGUUUGUGAUGUUUUAUGCAUGUGCACUAGAUCCUGAAAAUUGCGGGGUGAGAUUUAGCACAAUGUUGGCAGAUAUAUUUGCUAGUGGUGUCCACUCUCAAAUUACCAGGUAACAUUGAUUCUUAUUU